AUGGCUGAAAACAAUUUGCAGUACAUCGUAAAAUCGACAUUGCCUAGAUUUGAGUAUCCCAAUGUUUCAGUCGCUAAAUUCUUUGCUAAACGAUUCAUCGAGUUAUCCAGUGACUCAGAUUUAAUCGCUUUUAUCGACCCAACUGGGCAAAGUCAGUUGACUUAUAAAGAAUUUUAUCAGAAAGUCCAAGAACUCGCAUACUCGUUGCUUCAAAAAGGCGUCAAAAAGUCAGAUGUUUUUCUCUUUUUUGCUGACAACAGCAUAGACCAUGCUGUGGCCAUUUUUGCAGCCAUCUUCAUUGGAGUCACUGUUACACUACUGCAACCGGCCAGCGGACCAUUUGAGCUGUACGAUCGUAUUCAAAAAGCCAACAUCACUGUGCUUGUAUACGACUGCAAAAAAGUUGACGUCAUCAGAAAAGCUUUGGAAGAUGAGCAUUUCCAAAAAAGCAUUGCUCAACUAAAUGUCUUCCUUCAACUGGACUCACCUGUACCGAUUCUGCAGUACGGUGGCUCCAAGUUUCCUGCAAAUAUCCUUCGAGAGCUAAAGGCAAAGUACAAUACUUGGAUGUUUGAAUGUUAUGGAUCAACGGAGUUCUUCGGCCACGUGAACAUCCUCAAGUAUGGAAAGCUGAGCUUUGAUGACUUUCAGCCCGGUAAUCUUGGUCAGGUUAUGCCAAAUGUUGAGAUGAAGAUUGUUGACUUGAAAACGGGCAAAACGUUGCCAGCAAAUGAGCACGGCGAAAUUUGUUUCAAAGGUUCACCAUGUUUCAUCGGCUACCUCAAUGAUGAAGAAGCAACAAGAAACACAAUUGAUUCAGAAGGUUUCUAUCACAGUGGCGAUAUCGGUUUUUUCAAUGAGGAUCACUGCCUGUUCGUGACAGACCGAAUCAAAGAAUUGAUUAAAUACAAAAUAUGGUCCGUUAUUCCAGCUGAAAUAGAGGAGUUUCUCUACCGACACAAGGCAGUUGCAGGAGCUUGUGUAAUUGGAGUCAGGCAUUCAACUGAUGGAAAUUUAGUUAGAGCAUAUGUCCAGUUGGCUGACGGAACCGAAGUAGCUGAACAAGAACUGAUUGAUUUUGUGAAAGAUAACAUGGGAUUUCAAAAACAACUUCGAGGUGGCGUUCGUUUUGUCUCUGAACUUCCUAGAACCGGCGUAGGGAAAGUUGAUCGCCAAUACUUUAAACAGUUGGUCAAGGAUGAGCUAAUUACCGAAGCAGUACCAUAA